UGUCUCUCUCUCGGACCAGGCUUUUCCCGGUAUACUCAAUUCGAUUAAGAACUGAUCGUGUAGAGGUGGUCGCCUUUCGACCCAGCCCUCGCCCUGGAGGUCUGGCAGCGUGGUUGAUACUGGGUAGGACCGAGGCGGCUUUCUCGCCCUUGGCUGUUUGGAAGGCCGCAAGAGCGAUUCCUUGGCCUGUGAGUGACCAGCCUCAGCCAGAGUUGGACUGGCGACCUUCUCACUCCCACUUCCCAGACCCUUUGUUCCCUACUUCUCUUUAUUUUCGCCCUUGGAUCCCGAUUAGUACAAUAGAAAUAAAUGUGGAACAUUUUAAUUUUAAGAUACAGCCGUUCGGUUCCAUUGACUAGUUCUUGGUUUGUGGCAGAUGGUUUUAAACUAGACCUCAGCGCGUUCACCUGUAAAAUGGGCUUAUUGUCCCAUCGAUCACAAAACUAUUUUUGAGACACUGGCAGAAAUCGGAUCUCUCUCAAAAUGGAAGAUCUUGAUCAAUAAAAUCGACAUAACUCAUCUCAACAAAGAUUACACUCUUAGUAACUGGAAUGCUUUUUAUGUAGAACAGUUGUAAAAAUGGAAAAAGAAAAAGUAAAUGAUGAUGGAAAAGUAGAUCUAGAGAAUUCCUCAGACUUUUCUGAACAUUUUAACCAACUUGAAUUGUUGGAAACACAUGGACACCUUAUUCCCACUGGCACUCAAAGCCUCUGGGGAGGCAAUUCUGAUGAAGACGAGGAAGAGCUAUAUGAAAAAAAUGAAGAAUGGUAUCAAUUGCAAGAAAAAAAAAUGGAAAAAGAUCCAAGCAAACUGCUUCUUUGGGCUGCUGAAAAGAAUCGGCUUACUACAGUUCGGAGACUACUUUCUGAAAAGGCCACUCAUGUGAACACCAGGGACGAAGAUGAGUAUACUCCCCUUCAUCGAGCAGCCUACAGUGGACACUUAGAUAUUGUCCGGGAGCUGGUCGCACAGGGGGCAGAUGUUCAUGCGGUGACUGUGGAUGGCUGGACACCUUUGCACAGUGCUUGUAAGUGGAAUAAUACCAGAGUGGCUUCUUUCUUACUUCAGCAUGAUGCAGAUAUCAAUGCUCAAACAAAAGGCCUCUUAACCCCUUUGCAUCUUGCUGCUGGGAACAGAGACAGCAAAGAUACUCUGGAGCUCCUCCUGAUGAACCGUUACAUCAAACCAAAUCUGAAGAACAACUUGGAAGAAACUGCAUUUGAUAUUGCCAGGAGGACAAGUAUCUAUCACUACCUCUUUGAAAUUGUGGAAGGCUGUACAAAUUCUUCACCUCAGUCUUAAUGGUUCUAAUAAUUUUCUUAAGUUUCUAAGUACCAGUGCCUCCUUUGUGUGAUAUAAAAUAUUGCCAUAACAACAAAAUCGACAUCAAAUGUCUUACUAUAGACACUCAGUGGUACGCAUUAUGUUCUUCAAGUGAAUUGCCUGACCUUGAUGUCAAAAUGUAUUUGAGAGUUGCUUGGAUGUAUCUUUAAUGAUUUUGGUGGAGUUUGUGAUUUUUUAUCAGAAGUAAUUUUAACUUACACUUAAAAACUUAACACGGGUAAUACAGAAACUAAAGAUAUUUUUGGUGCUGAUCCAAGAGAAAUGUAUUUUUAAAUAUCCCCAAACCUGAAUCUUUGUUGAGUAUUUAAUAUACUGACACAUAUUUUUGUAAGGUGAGGUAACUCAAUUUAAUUUAAAAGUCUCAGGCUGGGGAUGUAGCUUAGCAGCACAGUGCCUGCCUGGUAAGCACGAGACCCUGAGUUCAGUUCCCAGUGCCCCAAAACAAACAAACAAAAAACCAAGGUCUAAAUACACUGGUGCAGUUCAGCUGUCUUCUCUACAUUAUCAUAGCCAAUUGCUUUCCUUCAAAAUCAGAAAAAUAAAUAUAUUAGUGACUUGAAUCUUUAUACAUUAAAAAGUUUUUUAAAAACCUCAGAUCUUUAUUUUUGAAAAUACAAUUUUUAGGAAAGCUGCUGUUUAAUCUAUGAAUGUUAUAUACUGCCUCCCUUUCCACAAUCACGUAAUUCUGUGAAUAACCCUACCUCACACUGGUCAUUCUACAUGAUCUACUCUUACAGUGAGUCGAUAUGAUCUUUCAGACAUAUACACAACUAUACCUUAGUCCAGAAGAUUUUAACCUACUUGCCUCCAACUAGUUUUUUCUGCCUAUCCUGCGGGAUCGGGCACUGCUCAAAUCUGUUGAGUUCACAGAAUAUGUUGAUUUUCCAAGGUCCUCAUGUUAAAUAAGCCAUUUCAAAGGCAAGAUGAUAAGAGAUAAGGAACUCUUAAGACUGAAGGGAUGAUUAUUAUAUAGGGACUAGAACUACCAAGUGGCUCAGCUUUCUUUAAAAACCGUGGUGUGGAUAGUGACAAAAAUCAUAAAAAUAAAUAUUCAAGAAAAAUAAAGUACAAGUUUUGACAAUAAAAAAAGUCAUGAAUCCUUUUCUUGUGUAUAAUUUUUUUUUUUUUUUUUUUUUUUUUUUUUGGUACCAGGGAUCGAACUCACAACUUUGUGCUUACAAAGCAGGCACUUUGCCACUGAGCUAGAUCCUCAGCCUCAAUCUGUGUAUAAUUUUGUUAGCAUAUUUAUUCAAAUGGCAUGCCUUUAGAAUCUACUCUCUCAGUGUCUCCAGCACAGUUUUCCACUGAAUAUUAAACCCUUCUGUGACUGUUCCCAGGGGGUCUUCUUUUAACGUCUUAGCACUGGAACUAGAACUCACACCUGAGGGAACGGAAACUAGACAAAGUUCAUUGUUCUUUGCAUUGCUUCCCCACCCCACCCUUACUGGAGAUUCAGCCCGGGGCCUUUGCACUGUGAUAUCCCCAGUACUUUUUUAUUUUGAGGCAAGGUUUUACUAAAUCCAGGCUUACGCUGGAUGUGUAAUCCUUAUGCCUCAGCUUCCCAGUGUGGUAGGAUUAUACAUGUCCACCACCAACCCAGUCUGUUAGUAUAUUUAAAUUUUUUACUAGUACAUGUUUGCUGUAGAUAAUCAUUGCACUUCAACACAUCUUAAUUCUUUUUUACACCCUUCCCAUCCUUCCCUGUUCCCUCCAACAAGAAUUUCCAUUUGAAAAAGCUCUACACUAGGGCUGUAUUUCCAUAUUUUCUUUGAUUUUUUUUUUUUUUUAAAUUCUUCAUCCUAGCAGGGUGUGGUGGCCCACACCUGUAAUCCCAGCACUCAGGAGGCUGAGGCAGGAGGAUUGUUGCAAGUUUGAGACCAGCCUGGGCUGUACUAUGAGCUCAAGACCAGCCUGAACUGCAUAAUGAGACCCUGUCUCAAACAAAAUAAAUCCUUCAUCCUUUUAUUACCUCCCCUGCCUUCAUUUCUUAUUCCCCCUCCCUUUUGUAAAAGAUUUCCCUACAUCGUAUUAUAUAUCUUUAUUUUGUUCUGUGUAUUUUUUAAAUGACUACCUAAGUUUGUCUCUUGAGCCAACCCAUAUGAUUCAAGUACCUUAGGCUAAAUAAUAAUGUUAUUUGGUCAAAUAUAUAUGGCAGUUUCUUGGUUAAGACAAAAUUCGAUCAUCCCAGAAAAUUUUAAAAUAAUAAAUGAACUGAAUCAUUGUGACAUUAUUUUGUAAUCUAUGACUAGAAUAUACUUCAGUUUUAAGAGUACCAACAUCUCAUGUACAGGUUUUGACAGAAUAUGAAAGGUUACUUUCUGUUUAAUCUGGCCUGAGUGAUAUGAAAUGGUAGGUAAGCUGAAAGUGAUGAUAGAAUAGGACCCUGUCUUCCCAGGAGAUUGCUGAAUGUGGCAGAUUGGUUUUCUGCGAGUCACAGGGCCUGUGGUUCUAUUCUUAAUUUGAGUAGGUCAUACUCAUGAUUUUUAUAUAAAGUUUCUAUUUAAUUAUGAGGCCUAUCUUUAUCACUUUCUCAUUACUGGGAUACAACACUGAACACCCACAAUUUAAAGGUAGAGAGGUUAAUUUUGGCUCACAUUUCUGCUCCAAGGCUGAAAGACAUGGUGGAAAAGAUUGCCAGAGAAAAACUGCUCACAUCAUGGCAGCCAGGAAACAGAUAGCAAAGUGGGGACAUGAAAAGGGAUAUGCACCCUUAUAAGUCAUCCCCCCACCUACCCACCUCUUGAGUAGACUGAAUAUCCUAACAUCACAUUUAGUAUAGCACCUCUGUGAUUCAGUCACCUUUCAGAAGCCUCACAAAGUGCUUCGGGUAGACAUCUAGAUAUAAAUCAUAACAGAACCAAAGAAGCCUCCUUACUUUUGCUUAGAAGUUGACGUUUGACUGACUAGUCUUGUUUUCAGGACUCGGUGUGCAAUUAAAACUGCAUAUAAAGAAAUCCCUCCUCCAAGUUGCCAACAAAAUAUAUAGCAUGGGUAUUGUUUGUACCCUUUAUACUUUCAUUUAUAUUUACAGGACUCCUGUAUCCAUAGAAGGCAUUCACUAAUGGUGCUUUUCACAUAUUGGUAACUUCCAGUUUAUGCAAUCUAAAUAGCUAAUAGCUUGCAAAUAAAAUUUUCUCUUAAUAAGCCGGGCAUGGUAGCUCACACCUGUAAUCCCAGCACUCGGGAGGCUGAGGCGGGAGAAUCAUUGCAUAUUUGAGACCGGCCUGGACUACAAAGUGAGCUCAAGGCCAGCCUGAACUACAUAGGGAGACCCCAUCUCAAAAAGGACAAAAAAAAAAAAAAAUUAAUAAUAGAAAAGUUACCCAAAGACUUUAAGAUUACAUUUUUUAAUAACUAAUGGCUUAAUUUUUAUUUACUUACAUACUUGAGGAAGAAGUAACUUGUUAUUGUUGGAGGUCAACAUAACUUACAGACUUAUAGUUGAGGUGGGAGAAUCAUUGCAUAUUUGAGACCAGCCUGGGCUACAAAGUGAGCUCAAAGCCAGCCUGAACUACAUAGGGAGACUCCAUCUCAAAAAGGACAAAAAAAAAAAAAAAAUAGUAGAAAAGUUACUCAAAGACUUUAAGAUUACAUUUUUUAAUAACUAAUGGCUUAAUUUUUAUUUACUUACAUACUUGAGGAAGAAGUGACUUGUUAUUGUUGGAGGUCAACAUAACUUACAGACUUAUAGUCAAAUCAGUUGGUUUUGCCUUUGUAAAUCUCAAAUAUAUUUCUCCAGGCAGCCUGCUGGCCCACAACCUACCAUAAUGAUGGGACACAGAGUCUUUGCAGUAGGGCUAUAAGGAAUUCAUUCAUUUCUAUGUGUUCCCAUCUGUUAUGACACUCACAACUGCUGUUUGAUGAUCACAAGACACCAAGGCAAUGUCUCAAGAAAUGUCCCACACCACAAUGAAAUCUGGAUCAACUCUAUUCCUGAUUAACAUAUAUACCAUCUUUACCCUACCUGAAAUGACCCUAGAAAUUUAUGAAGCUGCCUAAAAUAUGAUUAUCAAAUCCAUCAUGCUUUGCUGUAGUUAAUCAUGCAUGGGAUGCUCUAAUUCUCUUAUAAGAUUAUAGGUAGCCAUGAAACUUGACAAUAAGAAAGACUGUAGAAAUUAACUAAAAUCAUCAAAUAGAAACUAAGGAACUUUUAGUUGCCACAUUAAACAAAAUGGGUGAAUAGUAUGUUAAAAGGAUAUGUUUAACUCAGUAUGUCUGAAAUAUUCAUUUCAACAUAAGAUACUUGUAUCUCAUAGCUUGUAUCAUAUGGCUUGUAUCUAGAUGUACCUCCACAGCCUCAUGUGGUCAUAGGUAAAGUUUUCAGCAGUGGUUGGAUCUACAGUGUGUGAUGCUGGGAUUAAGGAUUUGAUGCUGGUAUUGAUUCACUAAUGCAAUGUUGGGAUUCAAGAUGGGUAGCCUGUAUAGAAUAUAGGGGACAGAAAGAGGGCCGCCAUUGUCACUACUUGUCUUUUGCUGCUUGCUGCUUUCUCCUGCCAUGAACUGUUUCUCCUUUAUGAUGCCCCUCUAUCAUGGUACCCUGUUUUGGAGCCAGCUGAUUAUGGACUGAAACCUCCACAACUGUGAGCUCCAAAAGGAAAGAAAGCUCAAACACUAUGCAAAACAAUUUUGGACUAUAAUAAGGAAAUGAGAUUCUAACAAAUUUAUUUCCAGAGUGGAUCCAAGGCCUUAAAUGACUUAUUGCUCUUUCUAUGUGGAGCUUUCUGAUGCCUAGUAAAUGAGUUUUUCUACAUUCAUACCUAUUUUUUCCUUUUUCAAAAUGUGGUCUCAUUAAUAAUAAAAGGAAUAAAAAUAAAAUAUUCA